CUUUUUUUUAAUUCCUCUUUUUUUAAUAUUCCUUCUUUCGAUUUCUCCCCUUUUCAACAAUUGCUUUUUUCUUUCUUUCAACAUAAAUAUAAUGGAUAGAAAUCCUGUCUUACAAGAUUUGCAUAACUUGAAUGAAAGAAACCUGUACUCAACAAGUGCAAUAAGUGAUAGUAAUCAAUCGACACCAACUACAGCAAAUCAGUUGCUUGAUACUUUUAAUUUUAAUUCCUUUUAUCAAUCACCCGUCAAUCAGCAUAUAUAUCCUACAUCAAUGACAUCUGCUGCAAUGAAUGGAUUCUAUCAACAUUCAUUUCAACAAAUUCAACAACAACAGCAACAGCAACAACAACAACAACAGCAGCAGCAACAACAAAGCUAUUUAUCUGCCUAUCAGCAAUCAAGUCAAAUGUUACUUCAAAGAUACAAUGAUAGCUUUUAUGCAACAGAUACAACAUACAACACUGUUCCUAAUGCCCAUCAACUGACUGAACAACAUAAGCGCAAGAUAGAUGAACUUGAAUAUAAAAAAAAGCCAAAGUCGAAAAAGAAGAAAAACAAGAUAGUUGAUCCGAACGCAAUACCGAAGCCUAAACGAAAGACAGGAUUGAACAAACCACUUAUUCUGAGCCCUGUAUUAUCUGAACUCAUGGAUGGAGCUAAAGAGCUUUCACGACCUGAAUUGGUACAAAAAUUAUGGAAGUAUAUUAAAGAAAACAAUCUUCAAGAUCCUGCAGACAGACGAUUUAUUUUAUGCGAUGCUAAACUCAAAAAAAUAUUUGAACAAGACCGCGUCAAUAGUUUUGGUAUGAAUAAGGAUUUAUCUGCCCAUUUAACAAAAAAAGAAGAGGUUGUAGACCAAGCUCAGCAAUCAUCUGGUUCAGUUUCGCCUUUGGAUAAAGAUGGUAUAUCUCACGAUGAUUUCUUAUUGAAUCUUUCUUAAUUUGAUCAAAUACGAUCUCUUUAAUGUUGCAUGCUAGCAAAUAAAAUACAUAACUGAAUAAUAAACAGUUUGUUCCCAUAAAAAAGUUUAGCACUCAAUAUAAACAGUGCUUGUAUUAAGAAAAUCAAAUUUAUGCUGUUGAUGAUGUUUAUAUAAACAAUCAUACAAAAG